AUGAGUAGGAGAGAACUGAAGGGAACCUUUGAAAGAAGGGCUGCAGGAUCCGAUGAGGUGCAAUGGGUUAGAGAGAUUCGCCAUACGAGAGGCCCAAGGAGGACAUGUUUCUCUCGUUACAUCGUGGAAGACAAGGCCGUUUAUCUUCUCAUCUCUUGCAAUAAUUUUGAGUCCACCGCUAUCAUGCAGCUGUCUAUUAUCACCGUCCUCGCCCUCCAGGCCAUCGGCGCCGUCGCCGCUCCCGUUGCCGCCCCGGCCGCCGACUACGCUGAUCUUGCCAAGGACUCAAUCUACAUCAAGUCCGUCAGCACGUACAAGGGUGUCGAGGAAGAAAAGCGCGAGGCUAGCUAUGCUGAUGCUGCAAAGGCCAACAUCAUCAUCAAGUCUGCUGGAACCUACAAGAGAGAUGAUGAAAAGCGUGAGGCCGAUUACGAGCAGCUGGCGAAGGACUCCAUUCAGAUCAAGGCCGUCAAUACGUACAAGCGGGAUGAGGAGAAGCGUGAACCCAGCUACGCGGACGCCGCCAAGGCCAACAUCAUCAUCAAGCCAACAUCAUCAUCAAGUCUGCUGGAACCUACAAGAGAUGAUGAAAAGCGUGAGGCCGAUUACGAGCAGCUGGCGAAGGACUCCAUUCAGAUCAAGGCCGUCAAUACGUACAAGCGGGAUGAGGAGAAGCGUGAACCCAGCUACGCGGACGCCGCCAAGGCCAACAUCAUCAUCAAGUCUGCUGGAACCUACAAGCGAGAUGAGGAGAAGCGUGAGGCCGAUUACGAGCAGCUGGCCAAGGACUCCAUCAAGAUCAAGGCCGUCAACACAUACUAA